AUGGAUAUCAACGGUAGUGACCCACUUCAGACAAAGAAUACAGUGGAUAAUUUUUCUUCGUCACAAACAUUAUUUCACGGUUGUGGGGCAGUUGCAUCGAAUACUUUGCAUGAAACUAGUGAUGAUAUCUACGUCGCAAAAACUCGAUAUGUUGGAGAGAUUUCACAAGCAUCAUGCAGCUCAUUGUGUUCCGAAGAAUUUGAAGAAGAGCAAAAAAAUGGCAGAUUAUUCUGGAGUUAUGACAUUUCUGAUCAAUGUACUUAUCAGCAUUCUCACUUAGCGCCUGGUCGUACCUCUUGUGUGUUCCUGGAAAUGGCUUUGAAACGAUUAUAUGCUCGAGACGAUUUCGAUGUGCUGGAAAGCUUAGGCGAAGGCUUUUUUGGUGAUGUGUAUAAGGUACAACAUCGAUUCACCGGAGAGAUUAUGGUGCUGAAAGUCGGUAAAGAACGAGAACGGGAAAAUCGAAUACGCAUUAAAGCAAAUGUGCUGAAAGAAGUUAAUAUGUUAAAUCAGUUGACGUCGCAUCCCAAUCUGUUGGCGUUUCGAGGUGUGUGUGUUGAUUUGGCAGAGAAAUCGUGGAAUUUGCAUAUACUUAUGGAUUUCUGUGAUGGGGGCAGCUUAAGUCGCUUGAUAUGUGACCAUCAAAAAUAUUUCCGAUGGAGUUUGCGAUGCAGUUUAGCACGUGAUAUUUCAUACGCUAUGGAUUUUGUGCAUUCAAGGGGUAUCAUGCAUCGCGAUCUCACUAGCAUGAACGUUUUGCUGCAAAAAGUUGCAAAUGGCAAUUUAAAAGCGGUGGUAGCUGAUUUCGGUUUGUCGUGCAGAAUCCCGCGAAUUGUUGAGAAGCUGACUCAAGUGGGUACUCCAUUUUGGAUGGCUCCUGAAUGUCUUAAAGAAGAGUUUUAUGAUGAGAAGGCAGAUGUUUUCUCCUUUGGAAUAAUAUUAUGCCAGAUGAUAGCUAGGAUUGACGCCGAUCCAGAGGCAGGACUUUACCGAACUCACAAUUUUGGUUUGGAUUAUGUUCGCUUCACAGCCCACUGUCCAACUGACACUCCUUUGGAUAUUCUGAACUUAGCAUUUCAGUGUUGUUUGAUGGAUCCAGCUGCUCGGCCCAGUUUUGUGUCUAUCUGUGAUUUCUUCACUAACUUCCGAUUUCCUCGACAUAAGGACUGUGAUCAAUCUUCAUCGAGGCUGGUUGGAAGCGAUGGGCGAUUGGAGCGCUCUUUGUCAGAUGCAACUUUGAAAUAUUGGAAAUCGAAACAUUCGGAGUUAUUUCCAUCUGUUUUAAAUCGAAAAGAGCAAAGCGGUGGAAGCCAAAGUGAGUGCAAAUCAGUGAAUGCAGUUCCUCUUCUGGUACUUCAAGAAAGUAUGCCAUGCGAAGAUUUAAAUCAUACAGAUAAGGAUGAAGAGAUGAGAAACAAGUCUCGGAUGGAGGAGCUUGCAAGAAGUGUUGCCGUGGAUGAACUUUCUGAUGAGAUAUUUUUGGACACGGGGAACCCGUUCAUUGCCCACGAAAUUUAUAAAAGGACCCGUAAGUUAGCUUUUCCUGAAGCGAGUGGUCGAAGAAGAAGUGUUGUUUUGGAUGUGAAGGAGUCAGUUGACAUCAGUAUAAACACAACCAAUUAUGACAGUAAUUUUGCGGAUUAUAGCACCUUCUCGAUUCACAGCAAUGAGCAAGCAACCAAUACAAAGAAGUAUGGUCAUCCUAGAAGGAUUUCAAAAAUUAUUCGUCGCAGUGCGUCACUUCCCAUUUCAUCAACGAAUACAUCGUGGAUGAGACAUUGUGCCACAUUUGAUCCAUUACUGCCAUCAUCAUCAUCAUCAUCAUCAUCAUCAACAGGCUUAACAGCAGCUGUAGUUGGACAACGUGACAAAACUGAUCACAUCGGUGAGCACUGUGUGCUGAAAGGUCAAAUGUCGAUGGCCUUCAAAAAUAAGGAUCAGAAAUUCACUUCACGUCGAUGUCGGUCAACUUUUUCGAACGAAACACUACUCAGUCCCAGUUCUGUGGACAAUAGGCGAGCCAAAGAUUUCUCCUUAUCCGUAGACAAAGGGAUUUUAAGUCGUAAUAUUAACGAGCUUACUUUCGAACGCUGGAAAAGCGACAGCAAUUUUGCCAGCUUUAUGCUGCAGCAAGGCAAUGAUGUGGUCAUACAACAACCCUUUUCAGUAGGGUUAUCUGCUAGUAAAUAUUCUGAAGAAACAUUUGUAAACAGGACAUCAUUACUUCCGAACAGAACUCCUAGUGAUGAAUUCACUAAUGGAAUACAACGUAUGCGGAAAGCCGACUAUAAUAGGUGCCGUGUCCAGGUGAUACGGGACACAAUUGUACAUAAGGGAUCAGUGCGCGGUGCCACUAUCUUAGAUCCUUUUUGUGUAACAGGCCUAAAAUGCGGUUCUUGUCGUAAACAGGGAAUGGCGCAUGCAGAUGGUAGACAUGUCCCUGCAAAUGACGAGUACUGCGUUGUUCUGUGA